AUGCAGAUUGAAAAGGAUAGAAAAGAAGAAAUUGGGAUAGACGGUAAGAUUCAAAAACCAAUAAUCCGCAAAAAAUCUUCAGCAUUAGUUGUCGAUAUUUUGGAUAAUUUAGAACUUUUCUUUAAUAAUGAAAAAGACCCAAUUGAAUUCCUCACAUUACUAGACGAAAACUUGACCAGAUUACAAAAACAGCAAAUAUUGCAGCUCCAUCGAGGAUUUAAUUUUCAAAGAUUCGUAGAGAAGAUAUCAGAGUUCCAAAAUCAAGAUAUAUUACUGCUUGGUCUUAAAAUCCUUUCAUUUCUUUGUCAAUAUUCGAGCAGCAAUAGAAAUUCGAUUUUUAAUGAAGAAUUUGCGAAUUUUAUCAAUAACAUUUUUCAUUCAGACUCCCAGCAAGCAGGUAUUUACUGUAUUUCAAUAAUAUCUGAUAUGAUUUUUUAUAAUUUUAAUUUAUAUCAAUAUUUUGCAGAUGGUUUAUUAGAAAAGAUUCUCACAAUACCACCAACAGAAAGUUCUGUUUAUACUAUCAUCCUAAUUGUUUCGAAUUUUCAAGAACAUGUCAAUGAAAUUUUACCAUUGCUUGAUUAUUUCGUUAAAUCAGAUGAUGAGCUAGCUCUCAAUCAAUUGAUGUCACUUCUUAGUUAUCUUUACACUGAAAUUGAAUCCACAGAAAUUCAAGAAAGAGUACUUCUAUUUUUCUUGCAAAAUUUCAAUCAUUUGAUAAGUUCUCGAACAAGAUUUAUCAUGUCAGCAGCUUUGAAAUUCCUUAUUGAUGUAGAAACCUCAAAGAUUAUUCUUCCAAAUGAUUUUUUCCAGCUAAUUAUUCGGAUGCUCCAAGAAAUUGAUCCAAACAAGGCAAAUGCAGAUCAGGAAUAUUCUUCAUUUAUUAUAUUAGUAGCAAGAUUUCUUUAUCACAUGGUUCCUGUUUGGAAAGGUCAAUAUGAUGAAAUUAUUUGUAAUGAAAUGAAAAGAUUUUAUGGAAAACUCGGAUUUAACUGUACUAAAAGUACUUUUAGAUGUUUUAUUGCUUAUUUCCACUUUGAACUUUGGUUCAAUGAAGAAAUUUAUGAAGAUAUUAUCAAAUACUGCGAAUCUGCUCCUAUAGCAUAUGUAUGUUUCAAAUCUGUCCUUUCAGCUUAUGGAGAAGCUCCUUCAGAUUCACUUUUUGAAUUAAUUCAAGAUUUAAUUCCUUUAGCUGAAACACAUGUUGAUGAUGAAAAUCAAACAUAUAGCUCGGCAGCUGAGAUGUUUAUAAAUGAAGCAACUCAACUUGAAUAA